AAUGGUAUGGGUCCGGGACUGGUGUUUGUGAUCCCAUACGUGGACCAGUACUGUAUCAUUGACUGUCGCACCGUAUGCUACGACAUCCCACCCCAGAAAGUGCUCACAAAGGACUCCCUGACCAUCGAUGUGGACGCCGUCGUCCUCUAUAGGGUUCACAACGCAAUCGUCGCCAUAACUAACGUCCGGAGCUAUAAGAAAGCGACGGAACUAUUGGCCGCCACUAGUCUUAGAAACUUUUUGGGCACUAAAACAUUGGCACAAAUACUGGCUGAGAGUUCGGACAUUAAUGAAACGCUCAAGACACAUCUGGACGCGGCCACUGAAUUCUGGGGCGUAUGUGUCGAACGCAUAGACAUAAAGAACGUGAGGAUUCCGGCGGACCUGCAGUCGGCCCUAUCAGCCGAGGCUCAGGCGAGUCGUGAAGCCUUAGCCAAGUAUAUCGCCGCCGAUGGCGAGAAGGACGCCUCCCAUGCCUUGGCUGAGGCGGCCGUCAAACUGGACGACAUGGCUCUACAGCUCCGGUUCCUUCAGACCCUGAAUAGUAUUUCCAUGAAAAAUAACAACACGUUUGUUGUGCCCAUACCUCUCGAGUUGUUUCAGUUUGCCGCCCAUUAA